AGCGACAGCCUUUGACACCGCAACCAAGUUAUCAUUAGACCUUGUUUUUCCCAUCCUCUGUAGCAUAAGACUCACAGGUGUAGCCAUUCUUUGUAUUUCUCACCACAUUCUUUGUCGUCUCUUUUCGUCCUCUGGUAGGCUUUUUCUGAAAUGCACUCCUUUUUCUGCUUCACUUUCCUUCUGUUGCUCGCUGGUCGAGUGUUGUCCUUGAGUAUCGAAAUCGCAGGAUUUUCUGGGAACAUUUCUGCGAACCAGUUUCUCAAUGUUUCAGACACCAGUGUGUUAGCUGCUUGCCAGACUCAAUGUAACAACGGUACCACUGCGAUCAACAACUGUGGAACAAACGACACUUGCCUCUGCGACACUGCUACUAUCGCGGCCAUAACGAAUUGCCAACAGUGUAUGUUCGAUGACUUGAUCGCCAACUUCGCAGUGAGCUCCGACCCCAGAGUAGGGUCCACCCCAGCAUUGACCGCCUACGUUGCGGCGUGUUCUUCGGCUGGUAUCACGGUUCCAGCGACUAGUGUUGCUCUUACGCUUCCUGCUGAUUGGGACGGGCCUUUUGGUGUCCACGCAAGUGUCGCUGGCACUGCGCUCACAGUUAUCGUUGGUCUUGCUAUGGGAACUUCAGCUAUUGCCAUGCUUUGUACCAUGUAGGAAAAGGAGACGAGAUUGCGUCAUCUGUGAUGCAUUGU